GACCUGCUAUGGCCACGUCUAUACUCGGGGAAGAGCCGCGCUUCGGAACCACCCCGUUGGCCAUGCUGGCGGCGACCUGCAACAAGAUCGGCAACACGAGCCCGCUGACGACGCUGCCGGAGUCGAGCGCCUUCGCCAAAGGCGGCUUCCACCCCUGGAAGCGCUCCUCGUCUAGCUGCAACCUCGGCUCCAGCCUCUCGGGCUUCGCGGUGGCCACGGGCGGCCGCGGCUCGGGCGGCCUGGCGGGCGGCUCGGGCGCCGCCAACAGCGCCUUCUGCCUGGCCUCCACGUCGCCCACGUCGUCCGCCUUCAGCAGCGACUACGGAGGCCUCUUCUCCAACUCGGCGGCGGCGGCCGCGGCGGCGGCCGGGGUGUCCCCGCAGGAGGCGGGUGGCCAGUCGGCCUUCAUCUCCAAGGUGCACACGACGGCGGCCGACGGCCUCUAUUCCCGCGUGGGCAUGGCGCACCCGUACGAGUCUUGGUACAAGUCAGGCUUCCACUCGACGCUGGCGGCGGGCGAGGUGACCAACGGCGCGGCGUCGUCGUGGUGGGACGUGCACAGCAGCCCGGGGUCGUGGCUGGAGGUGCAGAACCCUGCUGGGGGGCUGCAGAGCUCGCUGCACUCGGGCGCCCCCCAGGCCUCGCUGCACUCGCAGCUGGGCACCUACAACCCCGACUUCAGCUCGCUCACGCACUCGGCCUUCAGCUCCACGGGCCUCGGCUCCUCGGCCGCCGCCGCCUCGCACCUGCUCUCCACCAGCCAGCACCUGCUGGCCCAGGACGGCUUCAAGCCGGUGCUGCCCUCCUACUCGGACUCAAGCGCCGCGGUGGCGGCCGCCGCCGCCAGCGCCAUGAUCUCGGGCGCCGCUGCCGCGGCCGCCGGGGGGAGCUCGGCGCGCUCCGCCCGCCGGUACUCCGGCCGCGCCACCUGCGACUGCCCCAACUGCCAGGAGGCGGAGCGGCUGGGCCCGGCCGGCGCGAGCCUACGGCGCAAGGGCCUGCACAGCUGCCACAUCCCGGGCUGCGGCAAGGUGUACGGCAAGACGUCGCACCUGAAGGCGCACCUGCGCUGGCACACGGGCGAGCGGCCCUUCGUGUGCAACUGGCUCUUCUGCGGCAAGCGCUUCACGCGCUCGGACGAGCUGCAGCGGCACCUGCGGACUCACACGGGCGAGAAGCGCUUCGCCUGUCCGGUGUGCAACAAGCGCUUCAUGCGCAGCGACCACCUGAGCAAACACAUUAAGACGCACAACGGGGGCGGCGGGGGCAAAAAGGGCAGCGACAGUGACACGGACGCCAGCAACCUGGAGACGCCCCGCUCCGAGUCCCCCGACCUCAUCCUGCACGACUCCGGCGUCAGUGCCGCCCGGGCGGCUGCGGCGGCAGCGGCUGCGGCAGCGGCGGCGGCUGCGGCGGCGGCGGCCGCCUCUGCGGGAGGCAAGGAAGCCACGUCUGGCCCCAACGACUCUUAG